CAAUCUUACGCCCCGUCUCAGUUCGCCGCAGCCUCCCACAGCGUCACUUCCCUGCGGACAUUGCGCGCAAUUUCCUCAAAGCACAUGUUUGGAACAGGGUUAUUUUCGGCUCAGCUCACUUUUUCUUUCUUCCGCAGCGAGUAUACAACUGUACUAGCACAACCCCUCCACCAAAAGUUGAUUGGGGUUCUCACUUUGCCCGCUAGCUCUGUUAGCUUGCGUGGCAAUGAUUCCAGAAGCCUGGCUCGCCAGGCCUUUGCAGGGAUAUUCCCUCAUUGCCCACUAUCGUUCAGCUGGAGCUGGAAGGCAACAGCCUCAUCCCCCUUUCUCGUGGAACACGGACGGAUGACGUGUACGCUGCUGCCUUCUGCUUAUAGCCCAGUUAGAUGUGAUUGGGUUCAAUGCUGUUGGACCCAUAGGCAAAGGGGGAAAUAUUGUCAUGCGCAAGUGUUCGGUGUUUCGAAAUCUUCAGAUUAAAGGCUAUGACAUCCGUGAUAGCCAUUCUAGAUCGCGCCGAAGUGGAACCUGCUAUCCCGUGUUGAUGGGGAGAGACAUUGAAAUGAUCAUGUGGGUUGUCAGCGUUGCAUCCCGUUAUCAGGUGUAGGAUGAAGCCUGACCUCGUCGCCCAUUUAGCUGUCCUGACACAAUAGUACAAAAGGCCUAUCCCUUGUCCUGCAAGUAUUAUUGGUUUUUGCUCCACUUGUGACCAUUCCUUUCUUGUCGACUCUGGAAAGUCUUCUUUGAGCCAAUGCCGUGGUCAA